AUGGAAGCGUUGUUCGAUGACAUUUACACCCUCGAGAAAGAUAAGGUUCACCUUGCGGCCCAUUGCUUUGAGGGGUCGACUCGGUUGUGGUGGACUCAAGCAAAGAAGAGCCACUCGAUAGAUAUUGCUUCCAUGACUUGGGAGGCAUUUCGGGAGUUGCUACUUAUGGAGUAUUUUCCCAAGAACGAUAAGCGGAAGAUCAAGGAGGACUUUCGCAAGUUAAGGCAAGGGAGCCGGACGGUGCGAGAGUACGAAAAGGAGUUCACGCACAUGAUCAAUUUUGUGCCUAGCUUGGUUCACGGUGAUAGGGAUCGAGCGGAGGCUUUUGAGCGCAGGUUGCGACCCGAUAUUUUCAAAGUCAUUCAUGCAUUCCGCUUGAAGACCUACGAGGAGGUACUUGAUCGCGCGCUAUGGGUGGAGCGUGGCAAUGCUAUUACGCGAGAGGAGCGCGAGACUUUUGAGAAGGACAAGGAAAGAGACAAGUCCAAGAAGCGGGUGUCUGGUGGAUCCGCGGGGCAGUCGAGUUCUAAGCGACCCCCUCGAUCUCAGCGAUCACAGUGGCGGGGAGGCAAGAGUCAAACACAGGGCCACACUACCUACCCGUGCGUGAUAUGCGGCGGAGACCACAGAGUUGUUACCUGCCCUCAGCGGGAGGAGCGGUGUUAUCGGUGCGGCCAGGCGGGCCACAUAGGCUGUGAGUGCCCUGGCGGCGCGUCUCCUGCGCGGUCAGCAGCUUCAGUCCAGUACACUCCGCAACAGCAAGCGGGACUGCCAUCGGCCAUGUCAACUGGACGUUCAUCGGCGCCUCGUCAACCGAAGGCCUCUCGAGCACCUAGUGGGCUGGUUUUUGCCACUCAGGUGGAGAAGCAGUUGGCGGUUCCAGAUGACGUGGUGGCAGGUAUUAUUCUGAUCAAAGGCACUAGAGCUAGAGCGUUAUUUGACACUGGUGCAUCUCAUUCAUUCAUUGGUGUAUUAUUUGCGAAGACUCGUGAUAUAGAGAUAUCUCACAAUGAAGAGUAUUGGUAG